AUGUCAUCUCAAGGUUCAACUGAAUCAGUUAUCAAACAAUUAUGUUCUGGAAUAUUAACCGGUGGUGCUAUUGGCAUAUUUAUAAGUAAAGGUCAACGUGUUCUUUCAUGUAUAGCAUUUACUUCCAUUGGUUUACUUGAUAUUGCAUAUCAUAUGAAUUAUUCAAAAGCACAUAUAACACAUUUGACUUACGAUCAAAUAAUACCUCGAAGAGAUAUUAGAGCAAGAUUUAAUGAUUUACAACGAAAUAUACAAAGAGAAUUGCGUGAACCACGUGAUGAUUUAAAUCAAGAAUUAGAGUGGUUAUGGAGUGAUAUAAAAAGACACAUCGAUGGACAUAUUUAUUAUGGAAUGGGUUUUACAAUAGCAUUUUUAAUGAGUGUUAUUCUUUUACCAAAAAACCAUCGCUAA